AUGAAUCCUGCUCCCGCCCCAGACUCGCCCCGUUCCUCACAGUCCCCACCCCCAACUGGGGUCCAGGGGGACUUAGAAAUGGAGCUGUUUGGCCUUGCGACCUCACUCUACAAUCUUGGGACGACCGUUAUAGCCGAUUCAACCAAAGAUCGGGAUAAACCAGGAGGAGGAAAGCCUGUCGCUCAACGAGUGAACGAGGUUGUCAACCAUCUCGCCACGCUGGACGAAAUGGCACAACACAUGAACAUCAUGGUACCGAUGCAAGUGCUGACCGAUAUCGAUAACUCCCGCAACCCAAUGAAUGUCACGCGCGAUCGUAUAGAGCGAGCUGCUACCGAGAAUCAAUUUAUGAAUGGUAAAAUUGCUGCAAUUGAAUCAUAUCACACGUAUCUCAACGAGGCGCUGAUACAAAGCUUUCCUGACAUUGCACCAUACUUAAACGAGCAGCCACUCACGGAGGUACCAAACAGUCAGUGA